GCCAAGGCUGCAGAGAGCAGAGAGGAGCAGAAAGGACUGAGCAAGGGACUGGAUCUGGAUCUGGCUGCUGGGGUGGAAGAGAAGGAGCGGGAGGCUGACCAAACAGUGCAGCACUAAACAGAGGGAGGGAGGUGGCGGAGAAAACAAACUUCGCUUUUUGCAACUCUUUUUUUUCAUGAAGGAAGUUCAUUGCUGACAAGUGGGAGAUAGUUUGGGAUCCGCGCCCCUCUUCUCUCGCUUCUUGUUUUUUAUUAAGGCUGAUUUAUGGUUCCGCCUUACACCGACGCAGAGCUACGCCGUAGGUUACGCCGUACCUUACGGCGUAGCCUCUGCGUCGAUUUAACGCGGAACCAUAAAUCAGGCUUUAGCGCGGUUGCUGUUAAAAGAAGGCGUGCCCCCGCAGACGCGAGCACCUGUUGUUGCAGAGGAUUCCCCGACAGCGCAGGCAUGGAGGCGUGCGUCAACGCUGCCUGAGGGAGCUGCGGCUCUGGUGGGUGUUGGUGGUGUUGGUGGUGUUGGUGGGGGUGUUAUCUGACCGGGACCCGCAGCAGGAGCGACCCGCCGACCCGCUGGUCUCCGCCGCAGACAUGUCCUCGUACCUCCCGCGCAGCAAGGACCUGGGCAGGACCAGGAAGACCCUGACGGAUUCCCCUCCGUCCUCUCCGUCCUACACUGACAAAAACUUCAGACAUGAAAGACUUUCAAGAUACGACUCCAGCGGAGAGAGCGCCACAGAGAGAGCUCUGGGCCGCACCAGCUCCUACACCCGCAGGGAGACCAGGCUGGCUGCUCUGAACAGACAGGAGCAGGACUCCACUGCCAAAGACUAUAAGAAGAUGUAUGCAGAAGCUUUGCAGGAGAAUGAAAGGCUCAAGUCCAGGUUGCAGGACAGCAAACAAGAGUUGGUCAAGAUUCGCUCCCAGCUGGAUAAAGUCACGCAGAGGCAUGAAAGGAUAUCAGAAAGAUCCACAGUUCUUGAAUCAGAGAAAAGGGAAAAACAAGCUCUCGAGAAAAGAGUGACGGACAUGGAGGGCGAAUUAAAGGAUACCCCACUGCGGUUUCGCUGUGGGUACCAGCCCUGAGAGCUUGCUGUCUCGGGGCAGAGGGGGGGAUGGUCCUAACAGAGCUCAAGUCAGACAACCAGAGGCUUAAGGACGAGAACGGAGCGCUCAUUCGAGUCAUCAGCAAGCUGUCUAAAUGAAAAGAUGUCUGAAUCUCAUGUUCUCUGUCUGUGAAAGUUAUAACUAUUUGUUAAACUUUCUUUACGAGUGGCUGAUGGGUCAGAAUUAGAUUAUUUCUGUUGGAACCUUUGUGGAUCCAAAGAGAAGUGUGGGUACCUGUAGGUUUGAGUCCAAAUGAAUGCCUAAAAUGAUGGAGCUACUGUCGAAGUCUGUCCGUGACUUUUUCUUUUCAGAUUAUUUAGUCACAUUUGCAACUUGGGGACCAGAUGUAAUGUUUGAGUGAAAUUAUGAGGUCCAGUUCACACAAAUGUAGGGUUUUGCAUGAAUGUACAGUAAAAAUAUACCAAUACAUCACAAUAACACUUGAGCACUGCAUUUAACGUUUUCAGUGGUAUGUUUACUUCCAGAAAGACAGAGGUUAUGUAUUGACACAAGCUCUGGUGAAUUGAGGGAUUUGGAAAAAAAAAAAAAAAAAAGAACUGAGGAUGAGGAAAAAAGAUGAUGGAAAUAUUUUCUACAUAAAAGGCCUCUGCGACCUUCAAUUUCAAUAGGUAAUAAAAGUCGUUUCAUUUUGAAACUCAGACCUGGAGCAGAGACUGGACAUCAGUCCCACGCUCACAGUCAGAAUGGACGCUUUAUUUUUUCGGAAUAUUUCAUCUUUAAAACACCCGAGUUGAUAAACUUAGAAGACGCUUGUAAAUAAAUAAAAAAAAAAAGUCAGAUUUUAUGUUCAUUAUACAUUUAUAUUUAUUUAUUUAUACAUUAUUGGAUUUCAUCUUUUUUUUUUGGCCCUGAUAAAGAUCUUUGUUUUACUGCUCAUCCUGUAAAACACUUUAGUACCAACGCCUUAAGACGUCAUCCAAAGUUUUGUUCUUUUUUUUAAUGCGGUGAUUAGUCACGUUUACAUUAACACAGCUGAAAUCUAUUUCAAUAUAACAGCCCCUCAGAAUAAACUUUAUUGCACAGGUUAGUUCACGUUGCGGAAAAUUGUUUGAUAGUACUCCUGCACUGAAAUACUUUUCAGUAUUGGUCGAGUUUCCAAAGUGAUAUAAAGAAUCCAUGACAUUUUAAUUUACGUGAUCAUAAUGUAAAUGUCGGGGUCCAUUACGGUAGUAUUAAACGUUUGAAAGCAGCAGGUGUCCUCUCCUGGCGCCUGAACGUCUCUCUGUUUUAGCUCCCGUUGCUUUAAGAGCCGUUCUGCUCGACUGGUCAGCAGAUUGAUCCGGAUUCACAGAAGGCAAAUCUGGUCAUUCUUUCUUUGAGUUGUGCCAGACUAGUAAAAAUAAUAGGAGAAAACUUUAAAAGGAGGCAUUUACUGCAGUUCAGGUACGGUGUCUGCAAAAGAAAGAUUCCCUUUAGUGUGGACUGUAAGUCUGGAGACUUUUUCUGUGAGCACAAUAAGCUACGUGACCUUAAAGAAAGGAAGGAAAAAAAAAAAUCCUUGACCGUGAGAUGCACCUCAUGGUUCUGGUGGGGAGUGCAGAGCAUGAAACUACCACAGUGUCUACUAUUUUUCCACCCUGCAGGGUGUUACAAUAAACAAUCUGAAUGUGUUAAAUGAUAGCUUCAAAUGUAUUCACUGCUUGAAGAAGUGUAAAAGAAAUGGUUUUUUUCUGUGAACACGCUGCAUAUUAAACACAAACAAGUCAUGGUUAUUAAAA